CAAAAUACGAAAUAUAACUCCAGCAGAAUCCCUCUGCGCCUCUCCCUCUCUCCGCCGCACACGGUGGACCCAUCGCCACGCCCGCCCAUCUCCGGCGACUGACGGCCAAUUUGCCUUCUCGAAUCCCAUUACCCGCGAUGAGAAAAAGAAUGUUCCUUACCGCACAUCUGCGCAAAACCCAUUUUCAAUUCCCCUGCAAUAUCUCUUCCAAGCCAAGCCCAAUCCCCGAUAUCCAAACCUGCAUUUCCUUUCUUCAAUCGUGCUCCCAAAAUCAAGAACUCUCCAGUGGAAGAACGGUACACUCUCUCAUGAUCGCCGCCGGCCACCUCCCUUCCCCUUUCUCCGCCACCAGCCUCAUCAACAUGUACUCCAAGUGCAGCGCCGUCGCCGACGCUGUCUCUGUUUUCCACGAGUCAACCCAUUUUCACAACGUGUUCGUUUACAAUUCCAUCAUAGCCGGUUUAACUGGUAACGGCUUGCCAAAGGAAGCUUUUGACGUCUUCUGCAGAAUGCGGUUGUCCGACUGCGUGGUUCCUGAUAAGUUCACCUUCCCCUGCGUCAUCAAGGCUUGCUCGAAUGUGUUGGACUUGAAAAAUGUUCACGGGUUAUUGUGUAAGCUUCAGUUGGGUCUCAAUUUGUACAUAGGUAGCGCGUUGCUGCAUAGCUAUUUGAAAUUUCAGCUGAUGAGUGAUGCACAGCAGCUGUUCGAGAGAUUGUCCGUGAAGGAUGAUAUCGUUCUUUGGAACGCCAUGAUUAACGGAUACGUGCAGAUUGGUGAAUUCAAUGAGGCCUUGUCGAUUUUCAAGAGGAUGGCAAGCUAUGAAGUGAUUCCUAACAGGUUCACUCUUACCGGCAUAUUAUCAGCUUUGGCAUUAGCAGGGGACAUUCACAACAGCAAAUUAGUUCAUGCUUUUGCUGUAAAAUCAGGAUAUGACUCGGGUCUUGCAGUUUCGAAUGCGCUAAUCGACACGUAUGGGAAAUGUGGUCAACUUGUGGAUGCAUUAACGAUCUUCAAGAACAUAGUAGAUAAAGACAUUUAUUCAUGGAAUUCAAUUAUCACUGUUCAUGAGCGGUGUAGUGAUCACGAAGGAUCUUUGAAGCUUUUGAAGGCGAUGUUGAGUUCGGGCUUCCGGCCCGAUUUAGUCACUAUAACUGCCGCUCUUCCGACUUGUGCGAAUUUAGCUGCAUUGUUGCACGGUAGAGAGAUACACAGGUAUAUGCUCAUUAACGGGCUCGACAAGCUUGGCAACAUUUACUCUUCAAACGCGAUCAUGGACAUGUAUGCAAAAUGUGGGAGCAUGAGAGAGGCCCGUCUGGUUUUCGAAGGUAUGAAAAUAAAAGACGUGGCCUCGUGGAAUAUCAUGGUAAUGGGGUACGGAAUGCACGGGUUCGGAAAAGAGGCAAUGGACUUUUUCUCCCGAAUGCUCGACUGUGGAUUAAAACCCGAUGCAAUCUCUUUCGUCGGGAUAUUAUCCGCUUGCAGCCACGCGGGAUUCGUGGAUCGAGGCCGAGAGCUUCUUUCCGAGAUGAAACCAAAAUAUGGAGUGGCCCCAACAAUCGAGCACUACUCGUGCGUGAUCGAUAUGUUGGGCCGGGCUGGGCGGGUCGAGGAAGCCCACGAGCUGAUUCUGAGUAUGUCGGUCGAGCCCAAUCAGGUAGUGUGGAGGGCAUUUCUGUCCGCAUGUAGACUCCAUGGGAAUGCUGACCUGGCAGAGGUGGCGGCUAGGAGGGUGCUCGAGAUCGGGCCAGGUCAUUGUGGGAAUUAUGUGUUGAUGUCGAAUGUUUAUGGGGCGGCUGGGAAGUAUGAUGAGGUGGCGGAGUUGAGACAUGCGAUGAGAGAAAAUGAUGUGAAGAAAUCGCCUGGUUGUAGCUGGGGUUGAGCUCAAGAUUUUUAUUAAUGGAGAUAAAAAUCAUCCUGAGGAGAAUAUUCGAUGUUGUCUGUUGGUUUUGUGAACUGAAGAUUCAAAUGGCUGAAAAUGAUGGUUCGACAUCGCGUGAUUGAGAAAAAAACAUCUUUCUCGAUUCGUGUUUGAGAAAGAAAGCUAUUAAUGAAUGAGUCCUACAGGUUUUCUGAAGGGAGCUUGACAAUAAGCCCCAACCAGUGUUUGUGUCGUCAAGAUCAAAAAAUUAUUCUCUUCCAUUUUUCUUAAUAAUUUUACUUUAGGUAUUACUCUCACAAAUGUUCGACAUCGGUUUGUAUCAACAUAUUUAUCUUAGUUAAUUUCGAGUUUCUUCAUUGAGGUGAGAUUGAUUUGAAUGGAGUACAAAACGCAACACACAUUGGGUUAGUAUGGAAUAAAUAGUUACAAAUGAUAGGCUAGAAUGAUUAAUUCAUUUCACUGAACAAAAAUGUAUACUUAUAUUAUUCAAUUUAUUUUUGUUUGUAUAAAUUUUUAAAAAAUACAAUAUCUUUUAUGAAAAUAUAAAGAUUUGUGAUAAUAGG